GAGUCACCUGCUGCAAGUCCAUACUUCAAUCCUAGUAGAGACUGAGGCUAUCUGGAGGCAGGCUGCUGCUGCCACAGCUGUCUGUGAAUGGAGCGUCCAGGAAGGAGGCAUAAACCGGGCCGGGGCGGCGGUGCCAACAUUCUUGCGGACCCCCACGGUGAUCCAGCCCCACCUGGACAUGAAGCCCUUCCUGCAGUUCCCCAUGGAGACCCCCCCUCCUCCGCACAGCAUGAGCCUCUUCCACAACUUCAACACGAUGGACCCGGUGCAGAAGGCCGUAAUCAAUCACACCUUUGGAGUUCCACUGGUCAAGACCAAGCGACCAGUCAUCUCCUGUAACGUCUGCCAGAUCCGCUUCAACUCAGAGAGCCAGGCAGAAGCCCACUACAAAGGAAACCGCCAUGCCAGGAGAGUCAAAGGCAUCGAGACCUCUAAAAGUCGUCCUCAGGAGGGGGACAAGCCUCAUACUGUGGCCCCCACCACCUCUCCGUCUCCGCCAGGAGCCCCUGGCACUUCCCCUGACAGUGAGCCCAGCAAACAGGAUGAAACACGGCCUCUGUCACAGUUAAAUGGGCCCCUGCUGGCCCCGGGGCCGCUUCCCCCUCUGACCACCCCGCCUACCCCGCCUAUGGACUCCCCCGUGCCCUCAGUGUGCCCCCUCCUGCCCACCCCCACUCCUCCCUUGGUCCCCCCUUCCUCCUCCUCCCCAGGCUGCAGCAGUGGCAGCGCCAUCUCAGAGCAGCCUGGAUCUCUACCCCCGGUUUCAGGAGUCGCCGGCCCUCCGGCCUCCAGCAGCCCGUCCAAUCCAGAGACAGAGGAGGACAAGGCUAAGAAGUUGCUGUACUGCUCAUUGUGCAAGGUGGCUGUCAAUUCCUUGUCACAACUGGAGGCUCACAACAAAGGUACCAAACACAAAACUAUCUUGGAGGCACGGAGUGGGCUGGGCCCCAUCAAGGCAUAUCCUCGCCUGGGACCCAAGCCCAGUGGAGAGCAGGGAGGGGGGCCAGUGGACCCUAACACUCAGGAACGAACCUUCCACUGUGAGAUCUGCAAUGUGCGGGUCAACUCUGAACUGCAACUCAAACAGCACAUAUCAAGUCGAAGGCAUCGGGACGGCAUGGCGGGCAAGCCAAAUCCCCUCCUCAGCCGACACAAGAAGCACAGGGGAGCUGAUCUGACGUCUUCUUUGACCUUCUCAAAGGAUCUCACCAAAGCUUUGGGUGCAGGGCUGUUGCCCAACCCCUUGGCUGUUGCUGCAGCAAUGGCCGCUGCAGCCUCCUCGAACCAGCUGGCUCUCCGUGCAGCAGCUCCUGCACCCCAUCCGCACCAUCACCUAUUGCAAGGCCCGCCUCUCAGCCACGCCAUCCUGAGACCCGCUCCCGGGCCCAUCCGCACCACCCAUGGGCCAAUUCUCUUCUCCCCUUACUGACACAUCCCCCUCUGACUUCGGCCAGUCAGGAGCAGCCACUCCAAAAGCACACUGUGAAGAUACAAACAUGAUCAACAAACUGCAAUUGAUAGGGGAAAAAAUCCAACCAUUUAAAUACAUAACUGAGAGAAAAGCAAGGGAAAGGAGCAAUGGAGAGGAGUAGAAUUAUAUGUCUCUCUUUUUUUCCCUUUACCUGAAACUCUCCCUCCAUUUCAAAGACUUCUGAGUGACCCACAGAUGGAAUGAGCAGAGGAGAGAUACUCAUUAUGCAUUGAACUCCCUUGUGCAUCUCUUACCUCCCCUGGUCCCUCUCCCUUGCACUGUGGCCCUGUCAUGGUCGCCUCAAUAGUUACAGAAGAGACACAUGCAGACCUUUCUAGAAACAUUAAACCACAUGUAGUGUUACAUAAUUAUUCUGGGCCAGGUUGGUUUUCUCCUGUCAUCAUGGCUCAACGUGUUCUUCUCAUCCUAUGCACCUCAAAAACCAAGACAAUAAUGUUAUGUCAGUAGGGUAGCUGCUUCCAUCGGUCUUUGCUGUAUGCACCACAUGUAGCUGUGGUAGCCUCCACGGUACUGUACAUGUCCUCCUCUGCGCCGGAGGCCAGCAACUCUUCAGUUUGUGACACUAGGUCCUCGCUAGAUACAACAUGACUUGUGCUGACAGGCAGGUGAUAGCCCCAUCUGAACUUGUCGGACGGUUGGGGGUUGAGAGAGCAGAAAAGUGACUGUGGGGCAUUGCACUCCCCUGCCAUUUCCUGAGAGGGUGAGGUGAGAGGAGGGCUGGCACGGGUCAGUGGAUGGAUUGACCCCAGGCAGCAUGCAGACACACACAGGCCUGAACGAUUCUGUGUUUUAAAAUAGAUUGUACCAACAAAAAUUGCCACAGGGCACAUCUGCCAACCUCCAUAACAGUCAGAGCAGAGCCUCACCGAAAGGGAGAGAGGAUGGGAGAAACAGCAAAAAUCACACAUUGGUACAUACUGUACUCCUGUAUUUGAUAAACGAUCACAAUCUGUAGCUUAGUAUGCCUUUGAUGGCAAGAAUUUGUGCUGCUACUUAUAGCAACAGGAAAUAUUUUGUAAAGGAGAGAGCAUAGUUCACAAGCAUCUGGGGAGAGUUCACAUCCAGCAAUUAGAAAGAAGAUUAGCAACAUCCUCACAUCUCCCUGGUCCCUGUCAGGCUGAUUCACAGUGUAGGUGGGGAGGUAUGACUUAGGUGAAGACCCUGUGUACUGAUGUAUUUAUGUCAUUUCUGCAUGCAGCCUCGCAAAAGGGUCCUGCGGGGUCAGGCUUCUGCAUCACUGGGUUGACCUCGUCCAUUCUCACCUCCCCCAUCUCCAAAGGUUCACAUGAGUCUAUAGCAGAGGGCACAUCGACACUGGCAACCAUAAUGCUGGAAAGGAUUAUGCUGAAAGGGAACAAAUUAUAGAGAGGAAGAUGAAAGCCAAAUACAUUUGUGGAGAGAUGAUCUUGAGCCGGAGUGACAACUGAGCCAGAGGUCCAUUGAAGCUGCCCGGAGCGUGAGCUGAGACGUCCAGUCCAAGGCAACUAUCUAUUGAUACUUCCUGUCUUACAACUGAAAGCCAUGAAACGCACCAUGAUUUGUUUUCUUUUACAAAGACUGGUGAGCACUUUGUUUUGUUUGUUUUGGACUGUUGUUUCAAGUUUAUAUCAUACAUGAAAAAAGAGCAAAAUAGAAAACACAAUAAAAAAUAUUUUUGUAGGUAGGAAAUGUUCAUAACUGCACCCAUGGGAGGGAAAAGAAGGAGGCGGUGGAAUUAUUGGAGCGUGGGUUAUAUAAGUGUUGACCCAGACAAACUGACAUACAGACAGAUCAACUGACUCAGCGGGGAGCCACAAAAGCUAGCUAUAAGCAGUAACAGACCUAUCUUGCUCAACGGCUUGAAACUAUCACCCUUUUCUGAACGAGAUGUACACUGUGCCCUUUCAUUGAGAAGCAAUGAGCUCUAAUGUCUUACCUUUGUCUGAAUAUUGCAAUGCAAUGAGCAAUUUUUAUCAGAGUGACUUGUUAUCAUUGUGACAUGUUGUGACAUAUUGUCUGGAGUUGUGUGUAAACCGGGAGCACGCCAGCUGACAGACUUUUCUGUUCUUCCGUGAGGAGUACAAGCCCUCAAAGGGAUUGCGAGAGGGACAAAGAGAGACAGAGGUGUAGCUGGGCUUAGGGACCGACCCUUCAUAUUAAAGGGCCUUUUUACUAUGGUAAUCUCUGCUUGGGGAACAGGGUACAGCGCCAGGUAUCAAGGGAUUAAAGCUAGAUUUGUUCAACAGGCUUAUUUUUUAGUUGGACUUGAGUUGCAUUAUUUUUCUUUUCUGUGCGUGAGAAAUGUGUUAAAGUGAAAAUCCUGAGGAACAUUAUCAAUGCCAUUACUUAAAGAAGAAGCUGGCUUGGUGUCAGCUUCCACCGUUGUGCUCUUUUUUUUUGUUGUUGUUGCUGAACGAAAUCUUCUUUGCUGAGUUUGUUUUGUGAGUGAGAUACUAUUCCAGGAUCCGUGCUCUCCUUCCUGUUGGUGUGUGUACCAUAUGUAUUCUAGUGUGUGUUGGGACCUGCUCUCUCCCCACUUCCCACCAAUCAGAGACAGAGGCAACCUGGAGCUAUAAAGUGGCCUAACACAAUACUGGAGGCAAAAAACCUGCACAUUUGGGUGCAGGUUUUUUGGGUUGGGGGAUUGAUCAAUCAUCUGAUUCAGAGACUUGAUCAAUGACCCAAUCUAAUCAAAGUACUGCAAUCUUGUCCCUGGUAGGUCAGUCAAGUAGCAACACUACAGAUAUGUUCAUAUUGUCCUUGAUAUGUUCAUACUGUGGUAAGUCCCACUGAUUCAUCCUCAUUAUUCACAUAUGGGAAAUAAAUGUUAGAUUCCUAUUUUCUGGGCAGGUAUUUCAUGUUAGCUGUGUUUAGGCUACUAGCCUUAGCCUUAUUCUGCCCUCAGUCUCUCCCAGAGCAGAGAGAGAGAGAUGGAGAGGCUAUGGCGUAAUUUUGUCUUGCCAAUAAAGUUAUUUUUGAAUUUCAUUGUCAGAGGGACAAAGAGUUUGUAUGGCGAAUUGUAGCAAUACCUGACUCAUUCUGGCUACUCUUGUUUAUUGCAAUAAGAAAAUUAAACAAUAAAUGUGUAUGUGAGUAAAACAUUAUAAAUGUAAUUUAAAUGAAAAAGAAACUUUAUGGUAAAUACUAUUGGUAUCAAGAGAAACCAUGGUGGAAAAAAGUAAAUGUCAAUAAAUCAUUAA